UCGUAUUCCGAAACUUCAGUUUCAGAUGAGCCCAUAACGUUCAUAACAUUCAUAACGUUAGCGUACAUAUGUUGUGUUGAAUCGGCUCCGAAAAUGGUAAGUCGAAUCGCCCAUAACGACUUCAUAGUCUCCCGUCAAUUGCUGAUCAAUCGAGCCGACACGGAUAAGGACAAACGGAGUGCCAAGAUGCUCAUUAUCUACAGCACUGGAAAGCAGCACAUCGUCACCUUCAAGCUGCCCAUCCAUGCUUUUACAGUGCAGGAGCUGUUUCUCAAGAUGAACCUUCAUAUGGAGGAUAACAUCACGAUUGAUUGCAUGGAGAAUGCCGGUGGUAUUAUCCAUUUGGUGGUCUCUGUGGGACUCGCCAUCGGUGAUACCAUUGCCGAUACGAUUGCCAAGGCGGAGGAGUUCUACAAGAAGGAGCAUCAGUCCAGGGCGUCCGCUGAUGCCGCUCCUCGCAACGCGGUGCCCGUUGAAGAGCCACCAUCUCUUCCGGUUGUCAAGCCAUCGGUGGUCUCUGUGGGCUUCGCCAUCGGUGAUACCGUUGCCGAUACGAUUGCCCAUGCGGAGGAGUUCAACAAGAAGGUGCAUCAGUCAAAGGCGUCUGCUGGUGCCGCUCUUCCCAACGCGGUGCCCGUAGAAGUGCCACCAUCUCGUGCGGUUGUCAAGCCAUCGGAGACUUCGGUGGCCAACAAUGGUUGCCAGCCAGCUGCAACUAAAGGCAAGAAGCACAAGAAAAGACAUUGCGCUCCGGGAGACACCAAUGCUGACAAAGCGAUAUCGUCGGCGAAUCAAGACGCCAAUACUUCCAAGGCCAAGAAACAUAAGAAGGGCCAUUCUACAAAGGACAGGAAUGGUUAUCAACUUGCUGGUGCUCAAUACAACCCAGGUUCAUCUGGCAAUAAACAGGGAAAUCAAACCCCUACGGGUAACACCUCAAAUUCUCCAAAGAAGAGUAGUACUGCCCAAGUGAUAUCGUCGGUGGAUCAAGACGACAAUACUCCCAAGACCAAGAAACAGAAGAAGUGUCAUUCUGCAGAGGACAGCAAUGGUUAUCAAGUUGCUGGUGCUCAACAUAACCUAGGUUCAUCUGGCAAUAAACAGGGAAAUCAAACCCCUACGGGUAACACCUCAAAUUCUCCAAAGAAGAGUAGUACUGCCCAAGUGAUAUCGUCGGUGGAUCAAGACGACAAUACUCCCAAGACCAAGAAACAGAAGAAGUGUCAUUCUGCAGAGGACAGCAAUGGUUAUCAAGUUGCUGGUGCUCAAGACAACCCAGGUUCAUCUGGCAAUAAACAGGGAAAUCAAACCCCUACGGGUAACACCUCAAAUUCUCCAAAGAAGAGCAAUGGUCUCCAGGGCGUGCAACCAGCUGGAGAUGCUCUCGCAAGCUCCCAGUCAAUCCAGUUGAAGGACCAAGUCGCACAUGCCACUGUUAGCAAGAAAUCGGAAGAGACAGCUGGAGGAUCUCAAUCGCGGGUGCAACCGAAUGUUGCAUCCAUACCGGCACCAGCCGAGAAAGCAACUAGGGACACUAUACCCACACCUGCAGAACGCGCAGAGAAGAGUCGCCUGCGCCGGAACAGCAACUGGAUAAUAAGCAGGGACUUUGACGAUGAAGUCAUUGUGCUAUUGAGCAGCGAGGAUGAGGAGACCACCGCCGCCGACAAUGGCCAAACAGAGGGAAGACUCUUCGUCGACGAGAAUCCAACGCUUUUCACAUAUCCGCCCACCGGAACCGGUGGCCUGAGCAUCACCAUUAAGGACUAUAUGCGUCUCAAGGAAGGCUCAUUUCUGAACGACAUAAUCAUUGAUUUUUAUCUGCGCUGGCUAAAGAAUAACAUCAUACCAGAGGGUCAGCGCGAUAGGACGCACAUCUUUAGCACAUUUUUCCACAUGAGAUUGACCACAGAGACGAGUCCCAACAACACGAAGGAGCCGGUGGCCAAGAGGCGUCACGAAAGGGUAAAGAAGUGGACACGAACCGUGAAUAUAUUCGAGAAGGAUUUCAUCAUAAUACCAUUCAACGAGAACUCCCAUUGGAUACUGGCCAUCAUAUGUUUUCCAAACCUGAAGACCUCCGUGGUUAACCAUGAUGUACAGACACCCGGCGAAGACAUUCCAAUCAAACAGCCAUUGAUUCUCAUCUUCGAUUCGUUGGAGAGCAACUCACGCUAUCGACAUAUUGCCAUAUUGCAUGAUUACCUCAACUUCGAGUACAAGGCAAAGUAUCCGAAAGAGCGGGCGCGCAUCUUCAACUGGGAUAAUAUGCCCGGUCUCAUUGUGGAGGUGCCGCAACAGGAGAAUCUCACCGAUUGCGGCCUCUAUCUGCUGCAGUAUGCAGAGCAAUUCUUCACAAAACCCAUCGUUAACUAUAAGCUGCCCAUUAGGGAGCUGAUCGAUUGGUUUGACCUGCUCACAGUAACCAAGAAGCGCGAGGAUAUCGCCAAUCUCAUCCAGAAGCUGAUGAAUGAAGGCAAUCAGCAGGGCAUAACUUUGCCCGUCAUAAAGUUUCCCACACUGAAUGGCAUAAUGGUGAUGGAUGUGGAUGACGAAAAGGAAUGUGACACGGAGGAAGAGAGUCAAACUAUAAACCAAUAUAGUUUUGAAACCAGAACACCGCCGAAAAGAAGGCAUACACUCAAGUAAACCACUUGUGAAGUGGCUGCUUCGGAAAAUUAUAUUUUCACACAGAAGAACUGAAGACGGCGACAACGCAAUGCACACACGUUUGGAAUACUAGGAGGAGCAAGUGACACGGAGGUGGGUUCACCAGAAUUAUACGUUUUUUCCCGAAAAUCAAGAAAACUUUCAUACACACACACACACACAUCACCAAAAAGAGCAGUGCGGCCAACAAGACGAUAAAGAUGCUACCUACCAGAGAGAGAGAAAGAGAGACACAGAUCAGGAUCACAGGAUGAGCAGGAUAAGCAGCAUGAGCAGGAUAAGCAGCAUGAGCAUGAUAAGCAGGAGCUGGAUGCCAAACAUCAAGAAAAAUUCUAAAUAUAUAGUCACCAAAUUAAUAGAAAAUAUUUUUUUUUGUAAAUAGCAAAAUAAACGGUCCAUAGGACCAAUAAAAAUAGGUCACGCAAUA